UCUUUGCUUCCACCUCCAACAUUAUUCCCUGUCUCACCCAAGCUGUCCUGCCCCGCCUCGCGGCAGCAAACAGCAAUACCUGCAGCUGCAGGCCACCACCAACCGCGCCACGCCAUUUACCACCAUAUAAUCAUCACUCACCCCAAGGCUUGUCGGGAGCGAAGCCAAGCCAGUCUUGUGUUGGAAGAACAGAGCAGCAGCUUGCAGAUCGAGAGUUCGGGAGAGGCAAUGGCGACUUCGUUCCAGGGGACGACCACCAAGUGCAACGCCUGCGACAAGACGGUGUACCUCGUCGACAAGCUCACCGCCGACAACCGGGUCUACCACAAGGCCUGCUUCAGGUGCCACCACUGCAAGGGCACCCUCAAGCUCGCAAAUUACAACUCGUUCGAAGGAGUGCUCUACUGCAGGCCUCACUUUGACCAGCUCUUCAAGAGGACCGGGAGCCUGGACAAGAGCUUCGAAGGCACUCCAAAGGUUGUCAAGCCAGAAAGGAAUGUUGGGAAUGAGAAUGCUACUAAAGUCUCCAGCGCAUUUGCUGGCACCAGAGAGAAAUGUUUUGGAUGCAGCAAGACAGUCUAUCCAAUUGAGAGGGUUACUGUGAAUAACACUAUGUACCACAAGAGCUGCUUCAAAUGCUGCCAUGGAGGGUGCACCAUCAGCCCUUCGAAUUACAUCGCGCACGAGGGCAAGCUCUUCUGCAAGCACCACCACACCCAGCUGAUCAAAGAGAAGGGCAAUUUCAGCCAGCUCGAGAACGACCACGACAAGACAUCACAGAGUGCCGGGUCAGUGGAUGAUGAAGACUCGGAGUAUUAGUCAGUCCUUGGGGAUAUCCAGAGAUGAAUAACGAGCCCUUCUGCAUUUGCACCAGAGCAGUAUAUCUUUCUGCUGUGUGGUUCUUUUGGGUUUUUCCAAUCGAGAUCAAGUGCAUUCCGAAGACAAUUAUGUUAUUGCCUUGUACGCAUGUAAACCUUGUUAUAUCCGAGUCAAAAUAUCUCUACCUGGUUCGACGA